AUGACAUCCCACCUGACUGCUGUCACCCAGUAUUCGCUGUCACCUCCUCUCAAUCAUCACUCUCUAGUGGCAUCGACAAUCCGGUCUACCAGACGCAAUAAUCGAGAUCCUGCUGCUGCUAAUGCCAUAAGAGGGCCUCAGUCUGCAUUGACCAACUUUCUCGCGGCCCAUAACAUAUCUGCCCAACAGAUCCACCAAGACUAUCAGAGACGUGUUAGAGAAGCACAGGAACAGGCAGAUGCAGAGGCGGCUGCAGACAGUCAAGACAAAGAAAAUGAAAGUCAGGAGGACGGUGAUGAUGUCGAUCUCGCCGAACGUCAAAAGCGGAAACGCAAGGAAGAGAAGGCUUUGCUUAAGAUCAAGCAGAGCAAGGAGUUCAAACGACGCAAGUUCGACAAAAAGGCACGAGGCGAUGUCGAUGCUUCUGAUGACGAUGCAAUAGCCCGAAAUAUGAUGGCCAAAGCAGUGCCAAUGCCCGGACAAUUUGAGAAUUGUGAGCUAUGUAAGAAGAGAUUCACUGUCACACCAUACAGCAAGACCGGACUCCUGGGCGGCCUUCUUUGUGGAAAGUGUUCCAAAGAAAUGAAAGAUGAUGAGAAGAAAGAGGCAUUGGCAAAGAAAAAGAAGGCUGCUGCUCCUCGUGGCCGGCGGAGACAGACCGAAAGUGAUCGCAUGAUGGGAGACGUGAAGCCCGGUGCCAAAAGCCUUGUCGAGGUCUGCGUAAGACGGGUCGCCAACGUGGUUCACGAUAUCGACGAAUUCGGAGACAUGCCUCAGAAUAUUAUGGACCGUCUCAGCCAAAUCUUGUCUAAACAGCGAGUCAUCACCCCUCGCGUGCUUGAACUCUUCCUCCGGUCAGACGGUGAUCGCAUUGUUGUUUACGACUGCGGCAAACUUGAAACAGAAGACUUUCAAAAGAUGUUCGCAUUCAUGCCAAAUGUUGAAACGGUCAACCUUCGAUUUGCAGGACAGCUGAAAAAUAACGUCAUUGAGUACAUGGCCGACAAAUGCAAGAAGAUCCGUCACCUUCAAAUGGGUGCCGCCAACUUGGUCUCUGACGAGUCUUGGAUCAAAUUAUGUGCUGCCCUUGGCCCAAAUCUCGAAAGCCUCAAGCUGUCCGAGUUGAACGACUCAUUCAAAGACGACACUGUCAAGCAGAUUGUCAAGCACUGUCCCAAUCUACGACGCCUCAAGCUGAGAUCAUGUUCACACAUGACAGAGGCAUCGAUCAAGCACCUCGCCAACCUCUCAAAACUCGAACAUCUCACACUUGCCGUCGCCCAGCAAGACACAUCACCGACAUCCCUCGUUAGCCUCGUCACGUCACUUGGACCAAAUCUUCGUACCCUCUGUCUGGAGGACUACAUAGAACUCGAUGACGCAGUCAUCAACGCUAUCAGAGACAACUGCAAAAACCUAUCCAAACUGCGAAUCACGGGUAGCAGCACUGUCUCCGACCAAGCCUUCUCAGAGCUCUUUGGAGGCACCUCCGUCAUCCCACCAUUGUCCUACGCAGAUCUCUCAGACAACCGUGACAUCGAUAACAUGCGACCAGACGGACCAGAAGAUGCACCUAUUGGCUUUGGCGACCAAGGAUUACAAUCCUUGAUGCUUCAUUCCGGCGACAAGAUUCACAGUUUGAAUCUCAAAGCCGAUCGACACAUCUCACAUGCCGCUCUCCUUGCUACCUUUGACGGAGUUAAGAAAUAUCCGUUUCUGAGCGACGUCGACCUCAGUUUUGUCACCCAAAUCGACGACGUGGUCAUGUCAGGCAUUUUCAAGAGUUGUCCUGCUUUGUCCAAGCUGGUGGUAUUUGCUUGUUUCAAUGCCCGCGCCUCUAGAAUCCCCGCUGGAAUCGCAGUCAUUGGACUUCCGAAUGCACAGGACAAUAUUAUCCAAGAAGGCGGUCUGGAUAUGAGAGAUCUCUGAUGAUGAAUGGUCUUGUAUCCUUUACGAAACGUAUAUGGAUGUGUUGAUGCCGUCUGGAGGGGAGCCCUCACUGGCACGAUCUUGCGACAUGUGUGGGGGAAUCCCCUACUUAGAGCUAUUGAAAGGCUUUUGUCCUUAGGCCUUUUACAGUCUCUACCAUUGCCAUCCAUCAGUCCAACCCCGGUUGGUUCCCUUUUACGGCUGAGAACCUGCCUGUGCUGAUAAUAGGCAAAUCAGGAAUGGUAGAUGAUAGGCUGGUCGGUUUGGACUACAGCCAUUAUGUAGUGUAAUGCGGCUACCCAGAUGGUAGACCAAAUGGAUUCUA